AUGACAUUUUUACUCAAAUGGAGUGAAUUUAAAGAGCAUUUUCGAGUAAAUCGUAACACAUUUAAUUUCCUAGUUAUUGAAUUGCAUCCACAUUUAGGCAAAACUACCACAACUAUGCGAGAACCUAUUUCAGAAGUAAAACGUGUUGCAGUUGCAUUACAUUAUCUAGCUUCAUGGGAAGAGUAUCGUGUUGUGUCUAGCCUUUUUGGCAUAGGAAAGUCAACAGCAAAUAUAAUUGUUCAUGAAUUUAUUAAUGCUGUUAAUAACAUUUUGCUCCCUAAAUAUGUUAAAUUUCCAUUGUCAGUGGAAAAUUUAAAUAAACAUAGUAGAGGUUUUGAAGCUAUUCUUGGUUUUCCACAAUGCGUUGAAGCUGUUGAUGGAUGCCACAUCCCUAUUUCAGCCCCUAAAGAUCAAGCAAUUUCUUAUUAUAAUUAUAAAGGUGUUGGAUCGCCUGGUAGAAAUAAUGACAGCUAUAUUUUGCAGAAUUCUUCUUUGAAAGCUAUUUUAGAAUUAAAUCUAUUUGAUAAAUGUUGUAAAGAGCUGGGCGAUUCUCUUGUUCCGCUAUGUUUGAUAGGUGAUUCAGCAUUUCCUUUAACGCAUCAUUUGUUAAAACCUUAUCCUGAAAAUUUGGAGCUUAGUGAAAUUCAAAAAAAUUUCAAUAAAAUACUUUGCGGAGCUAGAAGAGUAGUUGAGAAUGCUUUUGGGCGCGUUAAAGCUCGAUUUUGUGUAACUUGCAAACGUAUGGAAUGCGAUAUUAACUUUGCUACAAGAAUUGUUAAUGCUUGCGUCACUCUUCACAACAUUUGUGAAUAUUAUGACGAUAUUAUUAUAAUAGAAAGGCUUAUGCAUCAUCAUGAUGACAAUCUAGCUCAACUCAAUACAUUUUCUACAACUGGGAACAAUGGACCAGGAAAAAAUGUUCGUGACUCAAUUGCUAAAUAA